AUGGCAAAAGCAAGCACCUUGUCUUCCCACACUGCUGGUACCCCCAAGAAAAUGGUCAAAUACAUACCGGCUCCAUACUAUUUCAAAUUAAACAGUCUGAAUGCAUCUGUUCCCAUCUGCAUUGUUGGAUUAAUAGCUAAUGCAAUUGUCUUGUGCCUUUACUGCUGCAAGAUCAACAAGCCAAAGUUAGGCCCAUAUUUUUUAAAUGUGACCUUUUCAAAUCUUAUUAUAAUUGUGUGCAACCUUGAAGUGGCUGCUUUUUAUAUCGGAGAAAUGACAACCCCAUUAGUACUCCAACGUCUACUGGAGAUGCUUCAUAUUUUUGCUUAUGACACCACCUUAUAUAUCUUCACAGCUCUUACCGCUGAAAGGUUUCUCACUGUCUAUUUCCCAGUCUGGUGGCAACAUCACCGGUUCAAUAAUUUCUCUGUCACAAUGUGUGCGAUUUUGUGGGUGGUUUCUGGCCUGGAGUCACUUAUGGUAUAUUUUUCCUGCUAUCCAAGAUUCAAACUCAUUAAUUAUGACAAUACCACCUGUACAAUUGCAACUAUAGUGGAAAUCAUCAUGGAAGUCAUCAUUUUUUCCCCCAGCUUGUUGUUCUUCACUUUGGCCAUUUGUAUCAAAAGGCGAAGAACACAGCAAAAUCCUCUAGCAAGACUUGACAUCACCAUUGUAAUCAUAGCUAUUCUACUUCUGCUUCUCAGCAUCCCAGUUAGAUUACUUCAUACUAUUUCAUUUUGGGUUCAAUCAAUGGACUGGUUUCUGUUGACAUCUACUGCUCUGUUACUGGAUUCUUGCACCAGCAGCAGCAUUCCUUUUGUAUUCCUCAUUGUUGGAAGCUGGAAGAGGCAGAAAGCCUUUGAACCCUUCUGUAUGUUUCUUGAGAGGGCUUUAAAGGAUACUGAAGACACAUCAGAGCCAACAACAGCAGACCAGGAGCAGGCAUAA